AUGCGCCCCGCGGCCCUCCCGCCGGGGCGUCGACUCACCCCUUUGGCCGGGUCCCCCAACGGCCAAUCGCGCUGUCGCCCGAACGGCAAAUACGUCCGCGCCCGACAUCAUGGCCGCGCUGCCAGGCUGAGCGUUUCGGUGCCAUGCGCCACGGGCACGCAGGCCGUGUCCGAUGCGGAGGGCGAGGCCAACAGGCGGCGGUGGGAGGAGUCUGGCGGCGCAAAAGAGGGCACCCAGGACGAGUGGAGGUGGACACUGAACUGGGAUGAGGUCACGGAGGACAUAGUCGUCGGGUCGUGCCCUCGCAGCCGCGAUGAUCUGGAUCGGAUGAUCGACGAGGCAGGGGUCUCAGCAGUGCUAAGUGUGCAGUCUGACCUGUGCCUGGAGGCCCUGAAGAUCGACUGGGAAGAUAUCCGGCAGCAUGGCGUCGCCAGGGGUGUGCUGAUGGCUAGGGUGCCCACCAGGGACUUCGACCAUGGGGACCAGUCCCUGAUGCUGCCAGAGGCAGUGCGUACACUUGCAGUGCUCCUCGCCUUUGGUGGCAAGGUGUACGUCCAUUGCACUGCAGGCAUCAAUCGAGCCUCACUCACAGUGCUGGGAUACUUGACAUUUGUGCAGGGCAUGCAUUUGACACCUGCAUUGAAGCUGGUGAAAAGUAAGAGGCCACAAGCCAAUCCUUACAUGGACUGUUGGAAGGCUGCCAAGGCAAGAAUGCUGGCUGGCAGAGAGUCUGAAGUUGUUGAGGUGGCAAAAGCACUGCAUCAGGCCCAUGAAAAGGACUCCAAACAGAAAGACGCCUUUGGCAACUGGAUGGCAGCGGAAUCGAAAUUGAUCCAAGACACAUUCCGAAGGCACAUCGCAAACAGCCUGUCACUCAUUGCCUCAGUCACAGAUUUGAAGGUGGAAUCUGUCUGCAGCAUAUGCGUAUCACAGGGUGAGGUGGAGAAGAUCCAACAAGAGGUCACAAACUUGAGGGGUGCUCUGGAGGAAGAGAGGGGCAAGCUGGUGGCAGCUGUGCAGGAGCUGAGGGAUGUGCAGCAGCAUGCAGACAGGGAUGGUGCUGUGCAAGCAACAGCUACAGUGGCUGGCGAUACAGUGCAAAAACAGCUGAUGGUUGCCGAGAAGGAGAUCGCAAGGCUGAGAUCGAUGCUGGGGGAAGUGGCGUCCAUCAGUGCAAGUGCAUUGUCAGUGCCGCCAUGGAAGCCUGAUGGACACCUUGAGGAUGGAGCACAGUCACCUUGA